GGAAGGAAGGAAGGAAGGAAGGAAGGAAGGAAGGAAGGAAGGAAGGAAGGAAGGAAGGAAGGAAGGAAGGACGGAAGGAAGGAAGGAAGGAAGGAAGGAAGGAAGGAAGGAAGGAAGGAAGGAAGGAAGGAAGGAAGGAAGAAAGAAAGAAAGAAAGAAAGAAAGAAAGAAAGAAAGAAAGAAAGAAAGAAAGAAAGAAAGAAAGAAAGAAAGAAAGAUUAGAGAAAAUAAAGAGAUGGGGUGGGGGCUAGAGAAGAGAUCCCAUGACGUCCACACUGACAUCACUGGAUCUAGAGAGAAGCGCGCAAGGGGUGAUGAGGAAUGAGACGCGCUCCAGACCCGUGGUCCUGCUCACAAUUGGAAAUGAGCCCGACGCUUUCGCACCUCGAGGAAGAAGCCCGAUGAGCGCUGGAACCACCGGGGCAUCUCAUUGAACUUUGGAAAAACCUCCGCGCCAGAGCCAAACAGACACCCUACGCACCGAAACUACCUGGAAUCAGAGCACACGGCUUAAAGUGGAUUAUUAGUUAUGUGCCUUCUAAACAAUCAAUUUCUUUGUAAUAUAUCGGUCGUCAUGCGGUGCUGAUGAAUCCAAGACUUGAGCUUUUGUAUUUGUUUCGACAACCCAGGGAAGAGUGCCUCUGCAUGAGUUAGGCGAAUCUUUUUAUUUAUUUAUGAAGGAACUAGAAUUCACAUCGUUUAUUCCUAGCUUGGUAUUACCUUACAUAUAUCUGCAAUGUUUUUAUGGGCAUUCUUCUACUGUUGAUCAAUGUGUUGUCGAGCGCAAAUGCGCACGGAGGGCGCAGCUCAUGUAACCAUUUACUAUCCAUCACUCCCCGUCUCUCGUGAUGACACCGGGUUCUAAGUAUUAAGUAUGAUUUGUUUUAUUCUGCCGUCCAUAAAAACGUUAAAACCCAGAAACAUCCCACGGGAUAAGAACAAAUUAUCUUCGUGGGUCGUUGUGAGUUUGCAGCCGGUGAAGAUCAUCCAAAACUCUCUAUAACAUGUGUGUGAGAACAGUCUGAUCGGCAACGGUAUAUUCGCGUCCGUCUCUGGACGUCACAGGAUUUAUACGAUUAAAAUGGACCCGAACUCGAAGGACCUGCCGUGGAAGAUGCGAGGAAGCUAACGUUUAACAAAAAAAAUCCAAAAAAUAAAGACUUCUCCAACGCCGAGGGAGUCAGAGCCCGCCAUGGCCACAACAAUGGACACUGGCUGCUCCAUGGAGCUGAGUGUCUGGAACGUCAGCGCUGCCGCCGGAGCGUCCGUGCCCUGCAACCAGAGCGUCCUGAGCUUCGCCCCCUACUCCCCGGUGGCGACGGCCAUCUUCGCCACCGCCAUAACCCUCAUGGUGGUCUUCACCAUCGUGGGCAACAUCAUGGUGAUCAUCGCGGUGCUCACCAGCCGCUCACUCCGAGGUCCGCAGAACCUGUUCCUGGUGUCGCUGGCCGCCGCCGACAUCCUCGUGGCCACGCUCAUCAUCCCCUUCUCGCUGGCCAACGAGCUGCUGGGCUACUGGUACUUCAAGACGCUGUGGUGCGAGAUCUACCUGGCGUUGGACGUGCUGUUCUGCACCUCGUCCAUCGUCCACCUGUGCGCCAUCUCGCUGGACCGCUACCUGUCCAUCUCCCGCGUCACCUACAGCAGCCAGCGCACGCCCAAGCGCAUCAAAGCCGCCAUCGUGGUGGUGUGGCUGAUCUCAGCCGUCAUCUCCUUCCCCCCCCUGCUGUCUCUGAACAAGAGCGAGGAGGGCGCUCCCGGGAGCGAGCGGGGCCCUCAGUGCCAGCUCAACGACGAGCGCUGGUACAUCCUGUAUUCCACCAUCGGCUCCUUCUUCGCCCCGUGCGUCAUCAUGAUCCUGGUGUACAUCAGAAUCUACCAGAUCGCCAAGCAGAGAACGCGGUGCCCGCCGGGAGAGCCCCGGAAAGACGGCGUGGGCAGCGCCACGCCGCGCCAACCAGCGCGCCACGCGCACGCCAACGGCAACGACGAGGAGGACAGCACGCCGCCCUCCACCAAGAAGACCUCCAACGCGAGGCCCCCGACCCUGGCGGUAACCGCCUCUCCCUCCCCGCAGGGGUCCCCGUCGCCCCCCGACGCCACCCCUAACAACCUCCUGCAUCCUCCCUCCCCUACCCCUCUCACGACCCAGGCCCGCCCGCCCCAGGCGAACUCCUCCAAGAACAAGGCGGGGGGGAAGAAGGGCAAGAAGGGCCUGGGGCGCAAGAAGGCAGAGAACAACAACGGCGACAGCUCCAGCACCGAGAGCGACACGGAACACAACCACAGCACGCGGCGGGGCAGCACCAGCAUGGUGGGCUCCCCUGCAGGUGGGGGGAUCCACUCCCCGGCGACCAUCCAGCGCUACCGCGAGAUGAUAGCCACGUCCAAGGGGUCGCUCCUGGCGCCGGGGAGGAAGUCCAAACCGGAAACCAAUCCGGGCGCGGCGAGACGCAAGGCCAUGAUGAACAGGGAGAAGCGCUUCACCUUCGUGCUGGCCGUGGUGAUCGGCGUCUUUGUGGUCUGCUGGUUCCCCUUCUUCUUCUCGUACUCCUUGCUGGGCGUGUGCCCGGAGGCCUGCAUCCUGCCCGACCCGCUCUUCAAGUUCUUCUUCUGGAUCGGCUACUGCAACUCCUGCCUUAACCCGGUGAUCUACACAAUCUUCAACAAGGACUUUCGGAAAGCCUUCAAGAAAAUUCUGUGCGACGGCACCAAGGGUACAUUUUUCUAGCGACAACCCUCAUGAGUCAACGUGUCCGGGUCUCAGGACUCUCCCACCAUCUAAUCAAUAGAACUUUACUAAAGUCUUUCAAAAGGGCUCCUUAAAACGUGUUAAUCCAUUGAAAUUUACGCUCAAAUCUGGGCCCAGUUAAAUCUGUCCACAGAAAAACAGGAGAGGACCACUUUGCCAACCUAUGAUAGGGGCUGGAUAAGCACAAUUUUCAUAGGAUGCAGGGUAGUUAAAAAAACAUUAAAUUAAGAUAUACAUUGAAUGCUCCACCAUCAUCAUACUUUACUUUUGCUACACCUGAAUUGAGAGUUUAAUUCAUAUAUGUGAAUGCUGGGACACUGAAAAGGGAGUUAUGUUUUAUUUAAUGAGCUAAUUUACUCCAUUGGAAAGAUUGCUGGUAAAUUAGCAAUUGGACAGUUGUACAUGAGGUAAAAUUACCCAUCAGGCAAACAAUCAGUAAACGGCUAAACGCAGUACUUGGCAGAAAACAAAGGCUGGUCCAGAAGAAAGUUGUCAAGCCCAGAUACAUUAAAAUGCACGACCAACAGCCACAAGUGUGUCAAGAGGGAUGUUCCUUGGUGGUUGAAGACUCGAGAAUGUAAAAAAAAAAGGUGUCCAAGGCAACGAAUGUGAACUGAAAUACAUGUUAGCCAGAGGCCUCUUAUUUAUCAGUACAUAGCGCGAGGAUCCCACAAGGCUUGCGGUGGCUGUCCUACGUCGGUGAUCUUCGUCUGACGAGCUGCGGGGCUGGCCAUGUGCUACUGCUAGAUUAGUAUCUGACAAGGGGAUCCACAUCAAAGGUAUUUUCUGUGCUCCAAGACUCAACUCAACUAACCGCACUUAGCAAACACCCUCUAAAGCCAUACGUCAUCAACCUUCAUUUUGAAAGAACAUCGGCAGCAACAUCAUCAACAACAUUGGCAGUUGUGCGAUAGACUGGAAAAUGCAUUGUGUACAUUGGACAUUGUUCGCAAUUGAAUUUCGGCGAAACAAGAUUAGAAUUCUACAAAACAUCUUCUGAGGAACAUUUUCUUUGCAAGUUUCUUUUCCUUGGUGUAUAAAAAGACAUGAACUUUAGCCUUCUAAGAAAACUGUUUAGCCUCUUGAAAGCAACACCAUUAUGGUGGGUAAAGCCUCUGGAGGACUUUACUGAGCAAAACGGCCUAAAACAUGCACUCUAAGAGGGAUGGGCGUGUGUGGUUCACGACGAGCAACGCUACGCAGAAAUCAUGAACAUUUACCCAUAUUGCAGUGAGCCGACAAAACAUUAAUUAUCAGUGCAUUGGUGGACUUUUUGUGUCAUCCAAAAUGAUCCAAUGCUUGAAAUCGGACUACUAUUUGGCUGAAUUCCUUUGACUUAUUUGGCAUAUUGCCUACAGUGGACCUCCUUACAGCACAUGAUUUUCUGCAGACAAACACACAUGCACAUACACUCACUCAUUUCACAAAGAAACUGUGGGUCUCUUCUGCACAAAGAAUGUGUCUGUAACUGUGAAUGCUACACUGGCAUAUUUACUAUGGGACAAGGGCUGUCAGCAGUAACACUUCAGUUCACUCUUGUCAACUCUGCUGACCGUGUGCUUGAGUGUGUGUGUGUGUGUGUGUGUGUGUGUGUGUGUGUGUGUGUGUGUGUGUGUGUGUGUGUGUGUGUGUGUGUGUGUGUGUGUGUGUGUGUGUGUGUGUGUGUGUGUGUGUGUGUGUGUGUGCCGGUGUGUGUGUGUGUGUGUGUGUGUGUGUGUGUGUGUGUGUGUGUGUGGAGGGGGGGUUUUGGUGAAUGUGUGUGGCUGGGUGUGGCUGUGUGUAGUUGUGUGUGCGUGAAUUGGUGUUGGUGCGUGCAGGUAUAUGUAUGGGUGGAUGUGGGAGUGUGUGUGUGUGUGUGCGUGACCCAGACCGUGUGUGCUUACUUGUGUGGUAAAUCUAAUAUAUGUCUUCUUCUCAAGAAAUUGUCAGUGCCUCCCCGGCUGCUAAUGUACUAAUUAACCUUCAUGAUCGGGAUGAAUCUUAUCUACUCAUAAAGUGACAUCUUCCUCAGAUAGGCAGUCAAGUUAUGCUUUAUGGACAACAGCCAAUCUUGAUUAUAGUUGUAUAUUACCACUAUUAUGUUGAACAAUCUUCAGAAAGAUUGGUGUUACUAGUCGAUAUUGAGUGGCUUUUGACCAAUGGACCAAAAAACAUAACUAACUAUUAGCCCACCUAUGUGAAGCAGCUCCAAGUCACUUUGACAAAUUAACUUGAUUUAAAAGAUCUCCAUGAUUAAGGCUGGAGGGAGAGGGGGAGGGAAGCUGAGAGGGAGGAGGGGGUCUGAUGGGUGGAGGGAUUAGAAAAAAAACAUGACAUGUAUUAUUUACUUGAAAUGAUUUGGAGGAAUUCUGUAACUUGCAUAUUUAUUCCUUAUUUCUCUCUUUUAAUUGUGCUUUUAUUCUAAAACUCUAGGCAAGGUUAAAUGUAUCCAAGAGCAAGCAACGUGUACAGAUUUCGACUUUUUGGUAUGCAAACUGAAGUUUUAAGGUCUUUGCUUUUUGAAAGUAAAAGUAUAUUUGAGUUCGGGGACUUUUUAUUUUUUAUUUAAAGGAGUAUGAUCAAUAAGUGAUGUUGUUUAUUUUGAUUAUGGUACUGUAGAUUAUACAAUCAAAGAUAGAAGCACACUGAUACACAUGCAAUUUAAUGACAUCAAGCGCAGCAAGAAAAAACUUUAUUAGCGCUAGCAUCAUUUUCUUAUUAAUUCUUCAAAUGAACUAUUCAUAUAUUCAUGUUUAAUCCCAAAACAUGAUGAUGUAAUUUGCGCUUAAACCAGAUGCAGUAUUAGGGUUGUCUCAAACAGGACAUUAAGGCUAAGACUCGACCAACACAAGCCUGUCCGAAUAACUGAUUGUAAUAACACAAACAGAAGAAGAUGGCCAUAUAUGACUCAGAAACCAUUUCUCUAUGUACAACUGUUUACGGUUUAAUCUUCUAUAUGCUUUGUCACGAAUGUCAGACGCAAGGCUCUUUCCUCUUUCGUGACUUUAUAGGGCUUGUACAUCCGAGUGCCCCAUUGGAUUUUGUAUUGAGAGGACUAAAGAGGGUUGGAAAUAAUGUAAAAUCCAAAUUGAACAUAUAUAUAACGUAACCUAGGCUAAUUACAAUUUUGUUUUGCCACGUCUCGCAUGAGAACUGCUUUGGUUAAACACGACAAUGUCUCCCCAUAAUGAGAAAUCAUUUUAUGAUUAAUUACUAAAGAAUGACCAAAAAAACAUAACUACUAACAUAAUAACAUUCCAAUGCUCCUUUGCUCCCAAAAUGGCGUUGGUCAUUGCAAUGUGACAUCACGAUGUACAAGCCCUAUUGUUACAAUAUGACAAUAAAUUGAUGCUGCUAAUGCUUUCCUUGCUUUGGGACUAUACACUCGUGGCUUCAAGUUGACAGAUGCAAUAGUCUGUACCUUGGCAAACCUCUAUCUCUAUGAAGCUGCCAUCAUUCUGACCUCUUGUUGUUCUCUCUCUUUCUCUCUCUCUCUCUCUCUCUCUCUCUCUCUCUCUCUCUCUCUCUCUCUCUCUCUCUUUCUCAGUCUAGCUCUCGCUCUGUCUCUCUCUCAAUCUCACUCACUCUUUCUCUUUUUUUCUCUCUCUCUCUUUCUCUAUCUCUCUCUCUCUCUAUCUCGCUCUCUUUGCAGCAAUUUGGUAAUUCUGCUUUGGUCUGAGCUUUACAAAAACGCCCCAUUUUCCCCAACUGUCAAUCUACCACUCAAAGUUUUUGAAAAUAAAGCAGUUCAAGCAAGCAUGA